AUGGUUAACAUUAUUGCAAGUAUUACGUCUAGUUCUACAGAAAACACAAGUGAAAACGAUUCCGAAUACUAUCCACUAAAUGAGACACAAAAACGGCAAUUAGAGUUAGUAAAAACCUUUUAUCCUAGUUUCGAGAGUCAAGGCUUAGGCAGAACUAGUCUAAUUAAACACAGAAUAGACGUUGGUAAUGCCAAACCAGUGAAACAAAGGUAUUAUCCGGUCUCACCCGCCGUCGAAAAAUUAAUGAAUGCUGAAAUAGAACGAAUGUUGAAUUUAGGAGUGAUUGAGGAAAGUACUAGUGCUUGA